AUGUCCCCAAUUAGAGCCCCUCCGAAUCUCCCAGAGCUUGUGAAGGCGGCUUUUAGCAAAGCUCGCGCUAAUGGCGACCUCACCUACUAUGCGACCCAGGCUACCAUACUGACCGCGAACUCGGUUCCUUUUCAGCUUCGCUUCUCUCCUGCUUUGGCAAGCAAACCGACUGCUCCGAAACCUAAGGUUGAGGAACCUCGCAAACCUUUCGAUCCGUUCGAGAACCCCGAAAAUGGUCCGCUCUUCGUUGCCGAUAUCCCUUCGACAAGACACAACCUCGUUUUGAACAAGUUCGCCGUUGUUCCAGAGCACUUCAUCCUCGCUACAAAAGACUUCAAGGCGCAGACGGAUCUGCUAGAGCCCGAGGAUCUGGCAGCGACUUAUGCUUGUAUCGAAGCAUACGACCAAUAUGCCAAGAACCAUGAAGGAGAGUACAACGAGCUGUAUGCAUUCUUUAACAGUGGAUUGCACUCUGGCGCAAGCCAGCCGCAUCGACACAUUCAACUGCUGCCCGUCGAUCGCAUGAAGGAUGGGUUGCCAGAAAGCUCAAAAUGGGAUGUGCUGGCCAAGCAACUUGGUCAACCGAACACCACUAUAGUGCCAUUCGCUACAUUCGGAGAAAGAAUUCAUCGUGACAUGACACCACAGGAAUUACAUUCCAUCUACCUAUCACUUUUCCGAUCGGCUGUGGAUGCCGUUGAGGACUAUGCCGGCAAGGCAGAUGAAGCUGGCAAUGGUGCGGCGCGAAUCAGCUACAACUUGGCCAUGACGAGCAGCUCAUUGGUCGUAAUGCCACGCUUGGCCGAAGGCGCUGUCAUUUUGGAAAACGGAGUCCCUGCAGGCAAGCUCAGUCUGAACGGUACCGUGCUAGCGGGGACAGCUUUGGUCAAAAACGAAGUCGAAUGGAACACUCUCAGGUCGGACGGUGAAAACCAAUUGCUUGACAUUCUGUCCAAAAUCGGGGUGCCUAAGACCGUCGACCACGCCAAGAAACUCUAA